AUGGCCCUGAGGCAGUGGGCUAAGGGGACUAGGGGGACCCUGAGAAGCUGGGGAACCAUCUGUUUGAUGAUUUCACUUCUUCUGCAACUGCAAGGAGCUCACAGCAAAUGCUACUUCCAAGCUCAAGCCCCCUGUCACUAUGAGGGAAAAUAUUUUACCCUGGGUGAAUCCUGGCUCCGAAGUGACUGUUUCCACUGCACCUGCCUACAUCCCAUCGGUGUGGGUUGCUGUGAUACGUCCCAGCAACCUAUCGACUUCCCAGCUGGGUGUGAGGUACGACGGGAGGAAGGGACCUGCCAUAUCUCCCUGGUGCAAAAAUCUGAUCCACACCUACCCUGCAGGGGAGGCCCUCCUGACCCUGAAUGGGGCUCAGCCAAUACCCCUGAUGCUGGGGCCCCAAGACCACAUCCCAGUUAGGUUCUACUGACCAUCCACUCUGCUGCCUGCCUGCCCACUGCGGCUGCUGCCACCUCCAGGGAAACCACUAGCAGCUGUGAAUUUAUUCUAAAUAAAUAAGUUAAUGGACAGCCAAA